AUGGCUGAUAACAUUGUUUCGCUAAAGGCAGCGCGUGGAGCACUUAAAGGUCAGCUCACAAGAACGUUAAAUAUACUCAAAACAACACCGGAGAGUUUAGACGCUAAUCAGCUGUCGGUGAGAGUAGAGAGAGCUGAAGGAGUAUUGUGUGAAUUUAACAAGAUUCAAUUAGAGAUAGAAAUUGCACUCCCAGAAGAGGAUAACGAAAAAUAUCGUUCUGAUUUCGAAGAUCUGUAUUAUGAGACGAUAGCUGAGUGCAGAAAUAUUAUUAAUAAGCUAAAUAAAAAUGUAACUACGGAUAAUAUGGAGAUUAGAGUUUCUGAUAUCAAUCUAAAUAGUUCUAGUCCGAGUAACUUAUCGGGUGUUUCAAACGGCAACAACAAUGGAAUUUAUUCGUUUGCAAAACUAGCUCCGAUAAAUUUACCACAAUUUUCGGGCGAGUACUCAGAAUGGGCAGCGUUCCAUGACAUGUACAUAGCGCUUAUACAUUCAAAUUCAGCUCUUUCAAAAGUACAAAAAUUCUUUUAUUUAAAAUCGUCAUUAAACGGUAUAGCAGCUAAUGUGGUGAAAUCAGUCGAAUUAACUGAGGUCAAUUACGACUAUGCGUGGUCAGCCUUAAUAAAUAGAUAUAACAAUAAAAAAAUGCUCGUUCAAGCCCAUACGAAGGCGCUGUAUGACAUUCAACCAAUAACGAAAGAAUCUUCGUCUAAAUUAAGAUGUUUAAUAGAUAAAAUUAUUAAUAACAUGAAUGCUUUAGAGACCCUCGGGCAAGACCCUAAAGCUUGGGGUUCUUUACUCGUGCAUUUGAUAACGUCUAAGUUAGAUCAAAAAACUUUAAAGGAGUGGGAAACUGAGGCGCCGAAAACAGUGGUACCCUCCGUAUCAACAUUAAUGGAUUUCUUGGAAACUAGAUUUAAAAUACUUGAGGCUGUAGAAAGUUCGUGCAGUUCAAAUGACAAGUCUGAGAAAAGAUCCUACGAAAAUUAUGAAGAAGGAAAGGCGCAAGAAAAAAAAUGGCAAAAUAAAACAGUUAUGCACGUAGCGACAACGAAAUUUAAAUGUUACCAGAGUCAUGCAGAUACUUUAAUAUCUGCAUGA